CGGUGUGUCACCGGCUUCCCGCCGCUUCAUCCCGGCUAGCAAAGCCACCGGAACCGUAAGAAAGGCGACACGGAACCGAGGCUGACAAACGAAGGAGUAAAAACGGCGCCUGGAAAGCGACGAGACGCGGACGAGACGACUGGUUUGAGACAAGCUAACAGUAACCAUGGAGACGGACAGCCAGGAACAGCAGGCCUCAGCCAAUGAGAGCGCUGCGUCUGGAAACAGUGCCCGCCCCUCGCCGAUCCAAUCCAUGUCGCUUUAUGAACGGCAAGCUGUGCAAGCCUUACAGGCGCUGCAGAGGCAGCCGCACGCCGCUCAGUACUUCCAGCAGCUGAUGUUGCAGCAACACAUCAACAAAACGCAGAUGCACAACACGGCAGCCGCUGGCGGGAUGUCCGCCUCCGCGACCGGUGGUCGUGUCAUCACCGUGGCGACGGCAGCGACGACGUCCACAGUCAGCCGGUCGCUGCUGCUGAGCGGUGGAGCCGGGGGACGUGGUCAGAUGUUCCUCAGGGUGAACCGCUCCCUGAGAGCGCCCAUCUCCUCGCAGCUGAUCUUCAUGCCUGGCGGGGCGCCGCCGACUGUCGCAGUGACGACGGUCGCGCGGCAGCCCGAGCGGGGAGUAACGACCACGACCACCUCUGGCAGCCAAACGGAUAGCGAACUGACGCAGAACUUGUCCACAUGGGGCGCUUCUAGUCCUAAAUGUAUCAAAACGGAGGUGACUGAAAAGAGCAAUGCUGCCCCUAUCAAGUCCAGUCAUCCCCCGCCGUUCCCCAUCAAGAUUCCCACAUACCCUCCGCCCUCCCACUUGAAAUCCUCCGCCGUCCCGCAACUCCUGCUUCAAGGAACCCGGACACUCACCACGGGGGCCCUAGCCCCCACAGCCGCACACGCUUUGGUCCUGACGUCCGCUUCGGGUCCGGUGGCGGGUAGCGCUCAGACUUUGGUGGUCCAGCCUCUGCAGAAAAGUGGCGACAAGGUGCCUCACACCAACGGGCCGGUUCCCAUCCAGCCCAAAACCCUGCAGGGACUCCGUCUGCCCCUCCAAUUGCGUUGUAGAACCCCGCCGCCCAUCAUACCUGCCCCGCCUCCGACGAGUCAACCUGGACGCCGCCCACAGACGCCCCACAUCCCUGUUCAGAUCGUUGGCGCCAGGCAGACCCAGGAGGGCGCCGGCGUCUUCCCACGAUCGUCCGGCCUGCUUACCGUUGUGGCUUCUGAAAGGGGCGGCGUCCCAGGGCGUCCGCCGCUCCCCUUGUCCUCACUAGAUCAAAAUCAGCCUCCUAGAGCCCCAACACCCUUAGUUGUUGCGGCAGGUCUUGCACCUCCUAAUAAUGACAUGCCAAAAACAUCCGCAGUGCAGCCCGGUGCAAUGAUGCACAAGCUAGUUCCCAACGACGACUCUGACAGCCGCCUGCCGCCAUUACGAAGUGACGGCUCAACUCCGGCGGAAGUGGAUGCAGGUUCUACAACACCCCAAGUCUUCCCCUCAGUGGCGUCUCAGGGUGUCCACGGGGCGGGUGAGAAGGCUCCGCCCCCCAAAGCGGUGGUCAAGCCGCACGUCCUGACGCACGUCAUUGACGGCUUCGUCAUCCAGGAAGGCGCGCAACCCUUUCCGGUGUGUGGGCCAAUCAAGGACCACGUCGAGGAGGAUGAUUCUGUUACCCCGGCAACAGGGCUAAAGUGCCAGUUCUGUACCAGGUUGGUUCAAGGAACGAGAAGGUUUUGCUCAACCUCCUGUGCAAAGAGGUAUAAACUCUCCUUUGUCCGGCGGCCAUCUUGGGAGGAUCAAAGUCACGUCUCCAACUCUGAGGACGAAGACAUCGACUCGGCCAAGAGGAGAACGAGGAAGCGACCGCGCCGGAUCCACUCUCAAAUCGGAGGUUCACAGAUUGCAAGCAGGAUGCUUCACAAGCGCCGCUCUGACUCCGGUCGCUCUGACAGCGAGGAAGAAUUUCCCUGUUAUCCUCCAACUCCUCCCCUGGCACCUCUGAGCCCCGCCCACUGGACCGUGGAACAAGUGUCGCAGUUUAUCUGCUCACUGAAAGGCUGCGAGGAUCUGGCGUCGCUCUUCCUGUCGCAGGAAAUCGACGGACAAGCGCUUCUGCUGCUGAGGGAGGAGCACCUGCUUGCCGCCAUGAACAUCAAACUAGGUCCCGCCCUCAAGAUAUGCGCGCAUAUUGACAACCUGAGAGGAUGAGGUACCUGCGCGCCUUUCUGCUUGUUCUGCGCUCCUGCUUCAAAACUUUUUUCCGAAACUCUCUGAACAAAGACAAAAAGCACUUUUUUUCACUUCCUGUUCGAUUUUUUUCCCUGCGUUUUUCUACUUCCUGUUGGAAUUUACGACUCAAUUUCCAACAAGUUUUUGGACUUUCCUGCAACUACCAUGUUGUGUGUUUUGUGUGUAGAUGUGCGUAAUAUACUGUAUGUUUGAGUAAUUCA